GGAGCGAACACAUUGUUUUUGUGACAUUUUUGUUUUUUAAAUUUUCUCUAACCAUGCAAAAUAUUACGAUUUUUGAGUGAAAUUUAUGAAGUAAUAUUUUUUUUUAGUAAAAUGUGGUCAAGACUAGCUGCAUCAGCGAAUCGGACUUUAGUGUCCAAAUCAUUGUUUUGUUUACCAAAUCGUUACAUUCAUCGAAAUGUUGUACUUCAAAAGUAUGAUGUUCCCAAAAAACCAAAAUCACGAAAUCAAAUACAUGAAAAUCAAGCGAAAAAAGUAUUUACACCAAUUCUUCAUAAACCAGUGGAAAAAAUCUUAAUUGCACAAAAUGAUCCACGAUCAUUUGGAACAUUAAAACCUCAAGUGACUGAACACGAACCAGAUGAAGGAGAUAUUGCUGAAGAUGAGCAUUAUCGGACGAUACCACUUCGUCGUGAUCAGUUGACUCAACGAAGAUACGAACAUAUGAUCAAAACAUUCAUUCGUGAUAAACGAUUGAAGGAAGCAAUUGAUGUGCUUGAAGUCCGGAUGAAAGAGGAUCGAGUAAAGCCCAGUUACUAUAUCUAUCAAUUGUUAAUUAUGGAAUGUGGACGAUGGGGCUAUACAAAAAAGGCAUUUAAACUCUAUAGUCGAAUGAAGAAACGAGGAUUGGCUGUCACUGGGCCAACGUAUGUGGGACUAUUUAAUGCGGUUGCAAAUGAUACAGUUCAUCCGAAAAUCGGUUUAGAGCUUGCACAAAAUCUACGAAAACAAAUGUUUCAAAAAGGUUUUAAUGCAAAUGAAAUUAUUUACAAUACUAUGAUUAAAGCAUUUGGCCGAUGCGGUGACAUUGAAACGGCAUUUUCACUAGUCGAUGAAAUGAAAGAAAAAAAACUACGGUUAAAAGUCGAUACCAUGAAUCAUUUGCUGCAAGCAUGUUGCUCAGAUAAAGAAUAUGGCUUUCGGCAUGCAUUACUUGUAUGGCAUAAAAUCUAUCGCCGGAAAAUGGUUCCCGAUCAGCAUAGUUUCAAUUUAAUGAUUCGAUGCACUCGUGAUUGUGGCAUUGGUGAUAUUAAUGAAAUGCAAAAGGUUAUUGCCGGCAUUUUAACAAGUUCAGUUAAGCUCAAAACAAACCAAGACAAAGUUUUACGCAUUGAACAGAAGCCAUUAUUAAUGCUUAACGAAACGGAACAAAACGCAUCUGAAAAUGAACCAAAACCUGAAAACGAAUUGGUAGUAAAGGAUGUUUGUGAUCAAAUGCCAAAUCUUCUGACUAAGUUACCACAUUUGGGCUCAAUCGUUGAAUUGUCAAUGGUAAAUUCGCCUGAAGAUCGUCUCACACUACUUGGCGGGCUAUCUGGUGUUAUUGCCGAAAUGGAAGCAACCAAAUCACGACCGAAUGUUAAAACAUUCACACAACUAUUGGAAAUAAUACCAUCGAAACUCGAAGCUGAACAUGAAUUAAUCCAAAAAAUGAGCUACAUGCGAGUGCGAGCUGAUACCGAUUUCUUUAAUAUUCUCAUGAAACGACGUAUUCUACGUAAGGAUUAUGAUGGUGGAAAGAAUGUUUUGGCAAUGAUUGACAAAGUGAACCUAAGUCCAGAUAUUGCAACCUAUGGAAUAAUGGCGAUGGGAUGUGUGACUCACGAGCAAGCACUCGAAUUUAUCGAGAAACUCACUGAAAAAGGAGUCAGAUUUAACAAUGAAAUUCUUGGAGCCUUGCUGAAAAAUGCUACUUAUAACAAUGACUAUGACUAUGUUAUUGAUGUUUUGGAGUAUGUGAUGCACGAAAAUAUCAAACCAUCGAUUAGGUUUUAUGAAAUGUUAGCCAAAUUUAAAAAUGCUCGCUAUAAUUCAUUGCAACAAAUCGAUGAUGAUGAGAAACUCAUCAAAUACAAUCGAUUUUAUGUUAAAUAUAAAAGCUGGAAAUCACAAAUGGGAUUGAGUGGUCUUUCAACUGAUGAAGUAGUCAAAUUACUGAGAUCGCAUCCUUGGAAACAACUAAAACAAGCAGAAGGCGAAGGAAUUGAAGCAGUGAAAAAUAAAAAAACCAGACGAAUAUGGAAGAGACAGCAUACUGUUGCCAAAUUAACAUCAAACCGUCUUGAAAGAAUGCAUAAUAAUCAUCAAUCAGAUACCGACAAAAAAGAUACAACAAAACAAACAAAAAGAGGAGACAAACAUAUAGAUGAAAACAAAGAGAAUACCCAAUGAAAUUAGAAUUAACUCUAGUUGUUAUAAAAAAAAUAAAACAAGCGAAUCUAUUAAA